UCCUUGCCCACAGCGGAGGAAGCCAUAGAUCCGCUCAAAAGGAAACAAGGUCCAGAGUUUUUGCUGAACCAGAGUAAAGAAACUCCUACUCAAGACGUCUUCAGUCUCCAAGACCCUCAUGAAGAUCCUGAGAUUCGCCCUGAAGUUAGUACCCUUGUCACCAAGUCUGAAAGGAGGUCUGGCUUGUGCUGUCAUCGCUUUGAACGCUUCUCCAGAUGGUCAAGGCUCGGUCACACCAUUGCAAGACAUCACUCAGACCGAAGCUAAAAGCAGCCAAUGAGAAGAGUAACUGGCAGAAGCAGAACUUCCGGAAGCCGGCCGCCCAUCUGAUCGGGAAGAGUCCAUCACUGAAUAAUACCCUGAAAUGGAGGUCCGAGGCCGAAGUGGCAUUUACCCGGAAAAUUAAGCACCCUACCAGUACAACCCUAGUGAUCCCCAGACAAGGCCUUUACUAUGUUUACUGCCAAGUCGGAUUUGAAGGGUCGGACAAUAUAACAUUGCUCAGCCAGGUCACCACCUUUCAUGACUCUCUCAAUGCAAAUGUUACGCUGAUCCUUGGCACAGAAAGUAUCUCGGGUCCACCUUUACCUCAAAAGACAUGGCAUGCCAGCCUUACCCUGGGAGGGUUGGCAAAUCUCCAGAAAGGUCAAAGGCUGUACGUUCAUGUUAGCCAUCCAGAACUUGUAGAUUAUACAGAGGGAAAGACGUUUUUUGGGAUAGUCAUGGUAUCUUGAUGAGGUGGAGAUGGGUCAAUUGCUCAUUAGGUCAAGGUUUGGGCAAAAAUGUGGAAGUUCUCUCUGAACUGGGCCUUCAGGCUCCUCACAUAUGAAAAGCCUGUUUAUGGUGCCUACCUUCCAUAGACCAUUGAUAUAAAAACUGUGCUAGCAAAGCUUUAUAUGGGUUGGGGCUCAGUUUGACAACAAGGCUGGGCCAACAUGGCUUGGCAAUUUUACAAAAGUAGGUUAUAGGGGUGCAAACACCUAUGUUCAAAAUAUUAAAUGUGGUCCCCUUAUGUGUUAGAAAGACCUUUGGCCCUCUCAUUUUCCAGGGCUCAGGUGCAACGACUACCUCUACGACCCUUAUAUCUUUGCCCCUGUCUAUGAGAAGGGUCGGACAGGGAUUCCUUGGGGUACCAGUGGAAAUUAUUCUCAGGGCCCAAACCUCAUAUAAUCAAAACAGUCUCAUAGCUUUUGUUUCAAAUAAAUAAACCUUAUUGUCAA